UCCAUGCAACAACGAAUCAAAUCUUAAUCGCAUUUUUUUUUCUUUUUUUUGCUUUUUUUUUAUCCGUCUCGCACCAAUUCUUCUCCAAUUUCUCUUCCUUUGACCAGUGCACGAGUUGACAUAUAUACCCACCCCAUGGGGCCGCCCCCGCCGUCGCCACAACCCCCUCCGCACGCGCACGGCGGGCUCUGUUUCUUUGCCCCCUCCUGGGCCGCCUGGCUACGGGGAAUCGUCGGAGAGCACUCGCCCAACAACUCAUGGCGGAUUGACGGCAUGGAGGGUGUGGAUGGAGGCGAGGGUGGUGGUGGAGAGCCUGCUGGCCUGAGAUUCCUUCUCCACUUCGAUCCGGCGAAGCACGGAUCGUUCGACCGCACGCUGCUCGGCUUCUCGCUCUCCGCGCUCUUCACCCGCCUUCUUCGAUGGAGCAAGGACGGCGGCCAGCGGAGAGGAGGAGGAGGGCCCACGACGGCGAUCGCGGCGGAGGGUGGGGAGGAGGACUACUCCGGGAACGCCGCCGUGUCCGCCGCCGCGCUUGCCGCCGCCGCCUCUCUCUGCCUUGCGGCGAUGUACGCGUCUGAUCAGCGGCCUCGCCGCCGCCGGCUGCCGGCGGCGCCCCCUCUGCCUGCGCCGAGUUCAGCUCUGCGGCAUCAUGCUCUUCCUGCUCCUCAUGAUGGGCUCAGGAUUCUGUCGUCAGACCCAGACGAUGAAUCUCCGGACAACGUGCUUCACGGCGCGUCGAUCGGCGCCGGAGACGACGAGCCGGAUAUUGUCGCGCGAGUGGAGAUGGACGCCCAAGUUCGCGUAGCAAAUGCCGACGACGAGACCGAAACAGAGCCGGACCAUCCUCCGGAGGAGAACGAAGAAGAACGGCAGGAGCUUCAGCAGCUGAGGGAGCUGUGGCUGUCGCUGCUGGAGCGGGAGCAGAGGCUGGAGCUCCGCCUGCAGGAGCUCGAGAGCCUCCGGUCGCAGGAGGCCGAGGCCACCGUGCGGGACCUCGAGAGCCGCGUCGCCGCCGCCGACGCGGAGACCCGGCUCCUGCGGCUCAAGGUCUCCACGCUGCAGGAGGACAACGGCAGGCUCAGGGCGCAGGUGGAGGAGCUCGACACCGCCCGCGCCGAGCUGGCGCGCGCCAAGGAGAAGCUGCGCGCGGUCAAGGCGCGGGUGUUGGGCGAGCAGGAGGAGACGCGGCGCGAGGUCGCGGCGCUCCGGGAGAGGAUGGCGGAGCUCGAGAGCGGCGGCGAGGAGAGGGACGCCGCGCUGGCGGCGGAGGUCGCCGAGCUGCGGAAGGCGAACGCCGCGCUGGAGGAGGACAACAUGGAGCUUGCUCUCCGGCUGCAGGACGCGGAGCAGGCUGCGUCCGCCUCGGUUAAUCUGGUUCCUGAGGAGGGCAUGGUUGAGGAGACGACGUACCUGAGGGAGAGCAACGAGAGGCUGACGAGGCAGAUCGAGCAGCUGCGCAACGACCACUGCUCGCACGUCGAGGAGCUCGUCUACCUCAAGUGGGUCAACGCCUGCCUCCGCCAUGAGCUCCUCCGUGACCAUGACGGCGGCCACCCCACCGCCGCCGAGCAACAAGACCACCGCACUGACAACCGCCGCGUCGUCGGCUGCAGAGACGACCUGUCGGCCCUGGAGCUGAGCAAGAGCAUGAGCUUCCGCUCCAGCGAGAGGGCCAAGCAGCUCAUGCUGAGGUACGGUCACCCCGGUCUCGACGGCGGCUUCGACCCAGCCCUCUUCUCCCCGCUGCACGAGUCGGUCGACGGCGACGGCUACGAGCGAUCGCCGGCGAGCAACUACGAGCCUCAGCGGAGCCCUUGUGCUAGGUCCGAGACGGGGACGGCGAUGGCCGCGGCCUCCCCCGCCGCAGCACCGGGGAAGAAAGCCGGGCCGCGCAAUAAGCUCAAGCUUCUCGGUAACAUCAAGAAGCUGCUGCCAGGCGGCGGCAAGAGAAGCCACUCAUCAAGCCACGUGCACGGGCACAGACACGACCACGCCGGCGGCCGCGAUGGCAGGAAGGCGGCGCCGGCUCCAAGGGACGAGUACCUCGAGAAGGCUAUGCAGUGGCUGUCGACCCACGACGUGCUCGACGGUGACCACUCGUAUGAGAGCACACCGCUGUCGUCGUGCGAGAGGACGCCGUUGAGCAGCGUCACGACCAACACAACCGUGGACUCACGCGCCCGCGGCGGCGGCGACGGCGGCGGUCACAGCGAGCGUGGGGAGACGGCCUGGGCGGAGGCGGAGCCGGUCUUGGCAAGGUCGAAGAGCGACGCCGGCGGAGCAUACGGGCGGGAGGGGAGCAGCGGGUACCAUGCGCUCAGACCUGACCACCCGGCCAGCGAGGCGGACGAGCCCGACGGGUUCCGUGCGCCGGAGAAGCGGGAGGCGAGGAGGCGGUCGGAGGAUCUGAGGAGUCCGGCAGUGGCGUAGUACUUUGCAGUUAACGGAUUAACAGGCUGUUUUUUUGUAAAUAUUUGUACUCCAUUUUCCAGUUUGUAGUCAUGUAUGGUUGGCGGCAGAUCCAGGGGUACGACGGGUGGGGCUUGAGCCCUCGCCUACUUCCUCUCAAACAAUGGAGCCCUCAUUGAACCCGUCCAUAACUUUUUAGGAAGAAGGUAGAAGAAUAAUGGGGAGACAAAGGAGGGGGAGGAAGAGGAGUCCCUGUUAGGUUCAUGCUCUGUGUCCACACCUAUGUAUGGUUGAAUGAUGAUAUCAAAGUUUCCUGGAUAUGCCUUUUGAUUUGA